UUAUGAAGCAAAGUCUUGGUAGAAGAACAAACACAACUGAGAAAAUAACAUCAUCAUCUUUGGAAGAAAGAAUACGUUUAUUGAGCCAAAACAGAGCUUAUUGAUUAGAACACGAUCUUGACCAGAAGGAAUCUAAAAUGUAUUCUCCUUUGUCUUUGCAGAUAAAGUGCUCCGUGUGUUUGACUGAUUUUACGGAUCCAGUGACUCUCUCUUGUGAACACUCGUUCUGUCGGGAAUGCAUCACAGGUCACAUGCAGGCCAGCCUGGGACCAAGCGCCUGCCCAGAAUGCCAAAGGCCUUAUAACAAAGAAGACCUGAAAUCCAGCCGUUUACUGAAGAACAUGACCUCGACAGUGAGAGAGCACCUUGCUGAGCAGAAAUCGGACAGAUCCACAUCUAAAGAAGGAACACAAGCAUUAAUGCCCUUUUUCCACUUGAGCCCCUGCCCCCCAAAAUGUCUGUGCACGUCCCUGUGUGAGACUGAUCAGAAGCUGGUGUGUGUCAUCUGCAGGGAUGGAGACAAACACAAAGGCCACGUCUUUAAACCUGUGAAAGAAGCUGCGCAGAUCAACAAGGGGGAGCUGAAGACUGCUUUGGGCUUUCUUGCCAAAGAAAAUGGACAGCUGGAUUACAUGAUACAACAACAGACAAGGAGAUGCUGCAAUCCAUCAAACCAGCUGUUUCCUGAGAGUUUAACCCUGAAAAAUCCUGGAGAGUCAUACUUAAAAGUGUCUCCAGGGGGCGCCAGAGUCCAACAAGCUGACAGAAUGUCUGGUCUGUAUAAAGACUUCAAUCCAGGUACAGUUUCAGUGGAAAACUUCCAAACUGGCCAGCACUACUGGGAAAUAGAGGUCAAUAAAAAGCCAGACUGGACUGUGGGAGUUAAGAUGGGUUCAGAAAAAGAGAAUGAGAUCCUGCUCCACCUUAAACACAAUAAAGGAUACGUUCUGUCCUGUGAUGGAAAGGACACUCCAUUAAGUACUCGAGACAAACCAGAGAAAAUAGGGUUGUAUCUGGACUGUGAGAGAAAGCAGGUGUCGUUCUAUAACGCUGACAACAUGUCUCGAUUGGUCCAGAUAAACUACAGCUCAAAACAGCCUUGCUGUCUCAGUCUGGUGCCAGGACUUUAUCUGGAUGGAACGAAUAGUGACCCUCUCACUGUCUGCUCAUAUGAGUUUAACUCAAAGAUGAGAUUAAAAUAAAAAUGUUUUGAUCUUUCCAACUUUAUCUGGUAAAUGACACAUCAUGAUGGCAGGAAAUAUAAUUUAAUUUUAGCUUCUUGAAGUUUUUGUGUGAUUUGCUCACUGCAACAAUGACAACAUGAACAGGUACAAGAGAAAUAUUGAUUAUUUCUUCAAAUGGAUUUAUUGAUUGCAUGCAAG